AACCGACUUCUAUUUGCCACGGCUUCCCGUUGUCUCGUCCUCACUCCUUCCCAGAUCGUCGGCAUCGUAUGGUCGUGUGCACCAUCUCAGCCUUACUACAGUUUAUUUGCACAUUAAUUAUGGGAGACAAAGAACGCACUUUCAUCAUGAUCAAGCCGGACGGCGUGCAACGCGGUCUGAUCGGCAAAAUUAUCCAGCGAUUCGAAGAGAAGGGCUUCAAAUUGGUGGCCAUGAAGAUGGUGUGGCCUACGGAAGAACAUAUGAAGAAACAUUAUGCUGAUCUGUCAUCAAAACCCUUCUUCUCGACUUUAGUCAACUAUAUGAGCACAUCAGGACCAGUUGUACCAAUGGUCUGGGAAGGUUUGAACGUUGUAAAGACCGGACGCGUAAUGUUGGGCGAGACAAAUCCAAGAGAUUCCGCACCUGGCACAAUCCGUGGUGACUACUGUGUAGCAAUCGGCCGUAACGUCAUCCAUGGUUCCGACUCUGUCGAAUCAGCCAAGAAGGAGAUCGAUCUGUGGUUCGGUCAAAAGGAAGUCAUCGAUUAUACACCAACAUCUGAGAAGUGGAUCUAUGAAUAAAAACCUGUGACAAAAUACGGAAGAUUUUUUUCAAGAGGAUACCGUCUCUUUAUGCAGCACUUUCCAAGAAAGUAUUUGCGAGCAUAUACUGCCAGCCGAAUUGUAUGCAGAUGACUCAAGCGUCGAGAGCGUGGAUUACAAGAUACUUUCCAACAUUUGUAACGAAUAAAUAAAAUGAUUAUCAAUUUUUAUGAAAACUUUUGGGAUGCUAUAACAUUAGGACUUGAAAGGAUUAUCAAAAUAUUUAAGAGAAAAAACUUUUAAAAAAUUAUAAGAGCAAAAAAUUGAAAUAUCUCAUUUGAAACUAUUCGACUGUAGAAGCUGUCACAUAAUAAAGUACAAGAGAAAACCAAUCCUUAUUAAAAUUAUA